AUGUCUACAUUAUGUAAUUUUGUUUGUUUUGCAUACCUACCAAGUGAAGAGGCUCCUGAGCUGCUGCGAAAAUGCUGUGAAAUAGGAGGUGAAAUUAAACGUGUUUCGACGUUACUUAAGUCUUGGAAAAGAGUAGUUCUAAGGUCUAAGAAAAUCAAGUAUUUACGUUGUGAUAAAGUUGCUCUCUUCAGUGUAUAUUUCUUUAUUAAAUGA